AUGAGGAUAGGCAGUGCAUCGACAACAGCACUAGUACGAAGGAUUCCUCAUCUUUCUUCCCGCCAGGCGCCGUUGCAGCCCCCAUGCAAUCGAGCAUUCGCUUAUCGCCGGUGCCUUGCAGAUUCCACUUCGAAGCCUCAGAGAGCAUGUCCGUCAUGUCAGGCCCACCUACCCGUAACGACCACACCAUGUUCAGAGUGCCAGAAGCUGCUACCGUUCCCAUCUGGUCUAUCGCAUCAUUCUAUACUGGGUGAGCGUGCACCUUUCCCACUACCUGCUACCCCAUUUUCAGCUGUUUCAGCUGACUUGAGCUGUGUCUCUCUCUCUCUCUCCUCUUUAGGUCUCUCUGAACCUAUCUUAGCCGAUUCCUCAUCCUCCAUAACAUUCGACAUUCCGGCUGAAUUAUCCACCAUCCCUUCACAUGGCUACGUCUUGGACGUCAGGGAAGCACGAAACAAGAUGCUCCAUCGGCAGAGGGAGCUACAUCCGGAUAAAUUCGCCAGUGAAGGCGAGGUCAUCGUGCAGCUUGCAAGGGAUCUGAGUGGACGGGUCAACGAAGCGUACAGCGUGUUAGCGGAUCCAUUGAAGCGAGCCGACUACAUUCUCUCGGUUCACUCUUCAGCGACCGAGGAAAGCGACUCCUUAGACGAUCCAAUGCUCCUCGCUGAGAUUAUGGAAGCAAGGGAGGAUUUAGAAAAUGCAGAGACGAAAGAUGAGGUAGAUCGACUUGGGGAAGAGAAUCAAGAACGCAUCGAAAGCACCAUCGCCCAAAUUACCGAGGCAUUUUCUCAACAGCCACCAGACAUAGUUGGGGCUAAAGGACUAGCCGUUCAACUCAGGUACUGGCGCGGGUUGGAGGAUGCCAUUCGAGAUUGGGAGCCUGGCAAGAGUCAAGUUAUGAUCCAUUAG